AUGGGGAUAUUUUAUAUUGGCAUUGGCAGUCAAACAGAAUUAUUGCUCCGGAAAGUAUUGCCUUUCUUUUCACAGCAUGGCAUCUGUUUUGACUUCAUUGAAAAGUUACCCAGUGGGAUGUUAGUGGAAGGGAAUAUCUGCACUGGAGAGGAGAAGCUGGAGACUCUCCCUGUAACCAUGUUUGAAACAAGGAUGACUCCCCACAGUUACAGUGUCUACAAUGCUGUCUAUGCUGUUGCACAUGCUUUGUAUGCCCUCUAUUCAUCCAUAGACCAGCAAAGAUCAGGGGUGACAUGGAAACAUUUUCAACAGCAGUCAUGGAAGCUUCACCAUGUUCUGAGAGGUGUUUCAUUUAAUAACAGUGCUGGGGACAAGAUUUCCUUUGAUGAAAAUGGUGAAUUGGUAUCGCCUCUCUCCCUGUGUAGUGAUAAUUGCCCUCCAGGUUACCGAAAGACUCCAAAAGAAGGAGAACCAUUUUGCUGCUAUGACUGCAUUCCAUGUCCACAGGGAAAGAUCACCAAUCAGACAGACAUGGACAAAUGCUUCCAGUGCCCAGAAGAUCAGUAUCCAAACCAUAACCAGGAUUUCUGCCUUCUCAAGUACAUCUCUUACCUCUCUUGUGAAGAAACAUUAGGAAGCAGCUUGAUGACAGUGGCCAUUACCCUUUCUUUCACCACAGUUUCUGCUAGGAUCUUCCUGAAGUACCACAACACUCCCAUUGUCAAGGCCAACAACUGCAGCCUCUCCUACACCCUCCUCAUCUCCCUCCUCCUCUCCUUCCUUUGUUCUCUGCUUUUCAUCGGUCGACCAGUGAAGAUGACUUGUCUCCUUCGACAACCUGCUUUUGGGACCAUCUUCUCAGUUGCUGUUUCCUGUAUGUUGGGCAAAACUAUCACUGUGGUCUUGGCUUUCACGGCCACCAAGCCAGGAUCAAGGAUGAGGACAUGGGUGGGGAAAAGACUGGCCUUUUCCAUAGUUCUUUCCUGCUCCCUUAUUCAAACUCUUCUUUGUACUGUGUGGCUGGGAAUCUCACCCCCUUUCCCAGACUUUGACAUGCAUUCCUUCAUCUCUGAAAUUGUUGUGGAAUGCAAUGAAGGGUCAGUUGUCAUGUUUUAUAGUAUCUUGUCUUCUAUGGGCUUCUUGGCUAUUGUCAGUUUUAUUGCAGCUUUCUUAGCUAGGAAGUUACCAGAUACUUUCCAGGAAGCCAAAUCCAUUACGUUCAGCAUGCUGAUGUUCUGCAGUGUGUGGUUGUCUUUUGUCCCUGCCUACAUGAGCACCAAGGGGAAAUAUGUAGUGGCUGUGGAGAUCUUCUCCAUCUUAGCCUCCAGUGCUGGGCUCCUGGCUUGUGUCUUUUUCUCCAAAUGCUACCUUAUUAUAAUUAGACCUGACCUUAAUAAACGGGAGCACUUAAUAAAAAGA